AUGCGGGCACUUGUUGAUGUGGGUGGUCGGCAUGACGGACACGGAUUUGCUCGCAGACGUUGUGGCCAGGUUGCUCGUAUCGGUCUCCGUCUCCUCGCGGAUCUCAGUCUCCACAGUCGUGCUCAUCUUAUCCGACUUCGUCAUCGUGGUCUCCACCUCGGCCGACUUAACCAGCUCGCCGCCGGCGUUCGCUGCGCGUCGUCGUCUUCACGGUCUUCGUCCACGAUGCUGCCGUCGUCGACCUCCUCGGACUGGAAAACAUCCGUCGUCAACGACUCGUUGGGCACCCCAACAGCUUUCGUGUUCGAGCGGAUGGCUCUCAUGCCGCCGUACAAGGACGCAGAUAUUAUGGCCAGGUCAUCGGCUUCCGUCUCCUCGCGGGUCUACGUCUCCAUAGUCGUGCUCUUCUUGCUUGACUUUGUCUAG